AUGUCGGUCGAAAGGGAGCCGAAAAUCGAAAGUGACAGCGAGGCGAAACACAGCGUCGACCCGCAGGUCACUCGCCCAGAGUCGGUCGAUGUCGCCGAAAAUAGAGACUUGACAACGAAGCGCGGCCUAUCAUCAAGACAUGCGCAGUUCAUCGCGCUGGGAGGAUCCAUUGGAACCGGCCUCUUCGUCAGCUCCGGCGGCACCUUGGCCCGAGGCGGGCCGGCAUUCCUGGUCGGAAGCUACGUCGUCAUGUCCGCCCUGAUCUACAUGGUCCUUACCGCCGUCGUCGAGAUUUCGACAUACCUGCCUCUCCCGGGCGGCACGAUGAACUACUAUGGAAGUCGCUACGUCUCUCGAAGCUUGGGUUUCAUGAUGGGAUGGUUGUACUUCUACUCAUUCGCCAUCUUCGUUCCCUUCGAACUUACGGCGUCCGCACUCGUUAUCGAGUACUGGAACCCAAACGUAAACAAUGCGGUCUGGAUCACUAUCAUGCUUCUGCUGGUGGUCGGUCUGAACCUGCUACCGGUCAAGUUCUAUGGCGAAACCGAGUUCUGGUUCGCCAGCUUGAAAGUCAUCACGAUCGUCGGCCUCCUGAUCCUUUCGUUCAUCCUUUUCUGGGGCGGUGGACCCAGCCAUGACCGACUGGGCUUCCGCUACUGGCAACAUCCCGGCGCCACCAAGACUAUGAUUGUCGACGGUGAUGCGGGCAGGUUUGUGGCUGCGUUAUCCACAUUUCUCAGCAGCGUCCUGCCCUUCACCUUCUCUCCGGAGAUGAUCGUCGUUACGGCCGGGGAAGUCCAGUCACCCCGCCGCAACCUGCCUAAGAUCGCCCGCAACUUCUUCUGGCGUCUUGUUGUGUUUUACAUCGGCGGCACAAUUGCCAUCUCUGUCAUCUGCCCAUCCGAUGCCUCAGCUCUUACGAACGGCGGUUCGGGUGCUGCUUCAUCCCCUUGGGUCGUCGGCAUCAAGAAUGCCAGCAUCAAAGGUCUGGACAGCGUUAUCAACGCCGUUAUCGUUACCGCGGCCUGGUCCGCAGGAAACUCAUUCUUGUACCUGGCCAGCAGAUCCCUCUACUCAAUGGCCUGCGAAGGAAGCGCCCCGACCAUCUUCAGACGGUGCACGAAGCAGGGAGUUCCGAUCUACGCUGUCAUUGCCAGCUCUCUGUUCUCGCUCUUGGCAUACAUGAACGUCAACUCGUCGGCGGCAGACGUCUUCAACUGGUUUCUGAAUCUUGUUAACACGGGUGGUUUCAUCUCUUGGGUGUGCUGCGGGAUCAUUUAUCUGCGAUUCCGGGAGGCCUGCGAAACCCAGCAAGUGCCGAAGGAAAUACUCACCGCUCGCUCAUGGCUGCAGCCAGUAGGUGCAUGGAUCUCAUUGGUCGUAUUCGCUAUUCUCUGCUUGCUGAAUGGAUUCACGGUGUUCUUCCCGUCGAGAUGGUCGGUGGCAGACUUUCUUUCGGCGUACAUUGGCCUUCCACUUUUCGUGGUCAUCUAUUUUGUGCACCGCUUCCUGUACCGCGGAGAUACCUGGGCCAUCAAGUCCGAAGACGUCGACCUGCAGAGUGGGUUGGCCGAGUUGGAGGCGGAGGAGGACCUCGAGGUGCCUAGCGUGAGCUCGUGGCAAAAGUUCAAGAGUUCUGCAGGACGCCUCGUGGGAGGAAAGUAA